UCAUGCAGUCUUCGUUAUUCUCCUUGUGUUUUCCUUGGUUAUUACUUUCUUUGAGUAUUCAGUGUUUGCUUAUUCCAAGUUACAAAAGUACAGAUAUGGAUGUUCAUCGAUAUUGGAAAGCUUUGACUUAUUCUUAUCCUAUUCAAAAGUGGUAUUCAGAUACAACUUCUCAGUGGACUUUGGAUUAUCCUCCUUUGUUUGCUUGUUUGGAGUGGUUUCUUGCACAACUCGUAGCUAUUGUGGAUAAGCACUUGGUGCAAUUGGAUCAGCUACAAAUUACCACACUCGUUGAUGUGUGGGUUAUGAGAAGUACAGUUAUUCUAUGUGACUUGUGUUUGGCCCACGCAGGUUAUUUACAUUUGAGUAUCUUGAGAAAAUAUCAACCCCAAGUAUCAGAUAUUCAACUUUCUAUUAUGGUAAGUAUUAAUAGUAGAUAUUUUUUAGCAUAUUUGUAUUACAACCAAGUUUAUUUAUGGUGGACCAUAUACACUUUCAAUACAAUGGUUUUCUUAUUGCUUGUCUAUUUUAUGUCAGUUAUUAUUAUCGAAUGGGCAAAUCUAUUUCAUUCCUUUCAAGUAUUGCGUUGUUGUCUGUUAUUGAUGUUGUUUCUGAGCAUUGGAAUAUUUCCUUGGCUAUAUGAUUGGCAACAAUUGAAGAUAUUAACCAAUCGUUUGUUUCCAUUUGAACGUGGACUUUUGCACGCUUAUUGGGCUCCUCAUUUUUGGUCUAUUUAUGGUUGUUUGGAUCAGUUGUUAAGCAAGUUGAUUAAGAUUCUGUUUCCUCAUAGUUGGGUUGCUUCUACUAGGAAUAUUUCUACUCGUGGAUGGAUUGGCAUAAGGAAGCCUUUUGUAUUAUUACCCAAUCCAUCGCCUUGGAUAUGUCAUGGAAUGGUAGUUUUAGGAAUGCUUCCUUCCUUUUAUGAUUUGUGGAAACGGCGUCACUUGUUGUUACAUCCAAUGCAUUCGAUGUGGUUAUGGAUGGUAAGUCUUCAUGACUUUUAUCUUCCUAUGAUAUUUUCUAUUUGGAUAUAGAGAGCACUAACGAAUGUACUUUUAUCCAGUUUUCUAUUUGGUUGGCAUGUUCAUGAAAAAGCUAUUUUGAUACCUCAGUUUUGUAUGAUUGUGUUAUAUUGGAUGAAUAGUGAAUGGUUGGUUGUAUUAGGACUGAUUAGCGUAGUUGCCAUGAGUUGUAUGGUUCCUUUGAUAUUUGGUUGUUUGGAAAGGAUUGUGGUGAUGAGUUGGCUCAUAUAUAGUAUGGCUCUAUUGCAUUGUGAGGGCAUUGGAAAGCACAGAAUAUUCUUCUUCCAUGAAAUAAUUACGUUAGGAUUGUUACUUGGACUACCUUGGAUAGUACGACGAUGGUUAUCCCAUUAUACAUUUCUUCC